GCCAAACCAAUAUGCAGGGCCAGCCGAAUGUAUAGCUUGCAGCCUGAGUUCACACCCUGAUCAGUUAUUUACCCAAAGACACUGUUUGGCUUAGCGUUCAUUUUCCAAUUGCCACCAUGAAGUUCGCAUUCGCCCUCGCCACCAUCGCCGCCGCCGUCUUGGCCCAAGAUGACGUCGCCCCCGACAACAACUUUAUCGAAAUCGUCGGCGGCACCGAAGCCAAGGUCGGCCAACACCGGUACCUGGCGGGCCUCAAGCGGUCGGCCACGGCUACGACCAGCUGCGGCGGCAGUCUGAUCGCCCCCAACGUCAUUCUCACGGCGGCACAUUGCACGGGCAGCGGCCUCACCACCGUCGUCGUGGGCUCGCACUUCCUCUCCGGCUCGUCCGACGGGGAGCUGGCCAAGGUCACCAAGGAGAUCCGCCACCCUAAAUACGUGGCUUCGACCAACGCCAACGACGUGGCCAUCCUCCUCUUGGACCGCAGCAUCACGACCAUCGCGCCUGUGGCGGUGUCCUUUGAGACGGUUCCUGCCGACGUUGUCACGUGGGUCCGCGGCUGGGGGCGCACGACGUCUGGCGGCAUCCAGUCGCAAGUGCUCAAGGAGGUCAGCGUCACGACCUGGUCCAACGCCAAGGCCACCACGGCACUGCGCCCCUACACCGUGGACAACACCAUGUUGGCUGCGGGGGGAAAGCAAGGCGAAGACUCGUGCCAGGGCGACUCGGGGGGACCGCUGACCAUCGAACAGAACGGCGUCGCGCGCCUCGUGGGGGUGGUCAGCUGGGGCAUCGGCUGCGGCGACCUCAACAAGCCCGGCGUGUACAGCCGCUUCAACACUGCUCGCGCCUUCAUCGAGCCGUACUUGAAGAAGAAGAACUUGCGCGUGCCUUACUUGGUGAGCGAAUUCGCUGAAGAAACCGAUGAGGUCGUGGUGGACAGCGACGUCGUGUCGGCCCCGGAAGGGGGAAACUAAACGUGCUGUACUUUGUUUGUUGUGUAACGUUAGUUGGUCCAAAUUAACUGGAAAUACUGUUGGUACGACUGUCAAUAA